AUGCACUGGUAUUUCUUUGCAGAGAAGUUCAACACGUACGUGUCACUGAAGGUUCAGAACGUGAAAAGCACCACCGUAACCGUGCGCGGCAGUCAGCCAUGUUGGGAACAGGACUUCAUGUUUGAGAUUAACAGGCUGGAUCUGGGCCUGACAGUUGAGGUAUGGAACAAAGGACUGAUCUGGGACACCAUGGUUGGCACAUUGUGGAUCCCUUUGCGCAGCAUUCGACAGUCGAACGAGGAAGGUCCAGGACAAUGGCUGACUUUAGACUCCCAGGUCAUUAUGGCUGAGAAUGAGAUCUGUGGCACCAAAGAUCCCACGUUCCAUCGAGUGCUUUUGGAUACACGAUUUGAACUCCCAUUAGAUAUACCAGAGGAGGAAGCUCGAUACUGGGCCAAGAAAUUGGAGCAGCUUAAUGCCAUGAGGGACCAAGAUUACACAUACCAGGAGGAGCACGAGAGACCACUUCCAGUGCCAUCAACUCAGUGCUGUAACUGGAGUCUAUGGGGGGACCAGCAAAAUGACGAUCCAGACAGUGCUGUGGACGAUCGAGACAGUGAUUACCGCAGCGAAACCAGCAACAGCAUCCCGCCUCCAUUCUACACCACUUCUCAGCCCAACGCAUCCAUGCACCAAUACCCCAUCCGUCACAUGCACCAUGGCUCCCGCUACAACGACAUGCAUGACUAUGACUAUGAUAACCAGAGACCCAUUAGACGCUAUGAUAGUUUAGACUCCGCCACCAACGACCGCAGCGAUCUCGAUUCGGCUUCUGGCUCAAGCAGGCGGACCAGCCGCCAGUACUCCUUAGACAGUAGGCACUCGCUCUCUGAUAGGUGGGUCUCCGUAGCUCCUACACCUCCACCCUCUUCCACCUCCUCCUCCUGCUCUUCUUCUUGCUCCAGCCUGUGAUUCCGUCCCGCUGUGAUGAUGUCGUGGAAUUGGACUUGUCUGGUCCUGUGGUCCUCGCUAUGC